UUUGUAUUUUGCGUCAAAAUAUCGCUUAAAUCUACCAUUUUACAGAUUCGGAACCGAGCGACGCGCAGUACGUUUUGUUAGCAUCCAAAAAAACAAAAACGCCAAGGAAUCGCAAUCGGGUUUGUUCCUCGAAAGUUUUCUGCGGCCAUUCAAUCAAAUAAAUAGUUCUAUCCUCGGUUAAGUAUACCUCCGGAUUAGGCAAGCAGAACAAAAAUGUUACAUCAUAAAAUUGUAUAAUGCGAGUAUCAGAUUAUAAUUGAGAACUUUGUCGCAAGAAAAAUAAACAAAGUAUUGAAAACCGGUGGAUCAAGGAAUGGUCCUGGUCACAAUGGAUAACAAUGACAAUGAAAACUGUUGCUACUCUCACCAGCAACAACAGCCAUCGCAAAGUUUGAAAGCCGGUGGUGGCGCACCGAUUGGGAUCAGUAAAGGGGCCAUCCCGAAGGCUUCCGGUGGCGGGGUGGCAAAAUAUCAGCAGAAUCAUUUGAACAACAACAACAAUAAUGUUGCGGAACAGGAGAAUUUGAUGCCCGCAGCAAAUGGCGUUGCCGGCGCAAAGUCCGAAAAUCACUGUUAUCCGGUGGCUUUAGGGGCAGCAGAAAUGCCGGUGGUUUUGGACCAGCCUGCAGACGCUCAAGGAGCGGCGAGCAAUGGGUUAUAUGAAAAUGAAUCAUCAGCUGCCCAAGAACCGCCUAGAGCAUUGAAUUCGGAAAACUGUAAUGGUACAACGGAAGCAACCGUACCAGCCGAUGAAAGCUCCAUAGAAGAUCUUGCUGCAAAAGCCCUUGGCUCCGACGAAGGUGAUCAAGAUGGGGAUUUUUCCGAUGAUAACAACUCUUUGGGCAAUCUUUCUUACAUUAGCGAGAACGGAUUGAUCGAAGAAAUCAUUCUACUACCGAACAACAUUUACUCAGACGACGAAAAUGGUUCUGCAUCGGAUGACUGCAUUUAUGCCUAUCGGGGAGAUGAUAAUGUUCCGGCUCUUCUAGAAUACCGUGAUCAACCAGCCGAUGACGAAACGGACUUUCUGGAAAUGGAUUUUGAUCCAGAACCGAGCUCCGAAUUGGAAAAUCUUCUGGAACAUCAGGAAAUUGAUGUCAGUUCAUACCAGUUGUCGAGAACCUCUGAACGUAGAUCGCAUCAUGAGAUUGAUGAUGCGUCUUUGAAAAGUCCUCUUAUGGAAAACGAUACUUUCCUGGUCAAGAAAGAAGAACCACCAGAUGAGGCCGAUUUUGCCCGUGGAGAGGUCACUGCUUCAUCUUCCGGAGUUAGAAAUACUGGUGCUAUUCCUAAGAAGCUUCCGCCACAAGUGCAGGUCGAUUAUGCAGUCCCUGGUCCCAGCAGCAGUAGAUCGUCAAUGCGGGAACAUUCUAAAAACUUGAGGCUUGAUUUGAAACUGUGCACCGACGUUGGGGACGUUCAACGGUAUCAUUACCCCUAUUAUCAGCAGCGAGAUUUCGACGAGGAUGAUGACGACGACGAUGAUGACGAUGGAAGUAGCUGUCUAGAUUGUACCGAAAAGGAACUCCUUAUGCAAACGAAACAAAACUUGAGUAUUCACAAAAUUUGUCGCUCUUGUCAUUCUCGCAAUACUAGUCAGGGCCAGGCAGGCGAUUAUCAUCAGCAUCAUGAGUAUGGACCAACAACACUAAACAGCAGUACAUCGGAAACGGAUCUUCUCAACAUUCGGGCCGAGCAGAUCGUUCAACAGGCACUGAACAAGAUCAACGAGUUAAAAGCAACACCUCCUAGUGUUUGUUUGUCGCGAAGCAUGGAGGACUUGUGCGUUGAACUUGACUCAGUUCACCGAGACCAAGAAGUACCAGAUGAUUUUGGCCAAGAUCUUUGCUCUGACAACACUGUAACGAUCUACACCUUGAACUGUGGUGAACUAACGAUCAUCGAGGCGUUGACUCGAAUUGGCGUUGCACCCAAUCUUGACGUUCUUCGGCAGUACUUUAGCGAAACGUACGAUGUUGACACAAGUAAAAUGAACAUCCCGCAAUACUUGCUGUACAUGUCCAAGAGAGAUUGCAACUUCCGAAAGCUGAUUGAUGCUAUCAAGUCCUGCUGCGAAGAUCCACUCGAUGUGCAGUAUUAUCCGUUGGAUCCAUUUUCGGAUAUCCCGGAAGUCGUGCAGAUCAACUCGUCGGAAAUCGCUAGACGAUGGCACCCGAACACAAAUUUGAGGCAACUCAUCAAUUUCAAACACAAACACUUCCACACGCUAAAUGUUUUAGGAAAAAUCGUCAAUAUUUUACGACAGCCAUCGAGAGGAAAGCACACAAACCAAACGAUCAAUAUCCCGCAGUACUAUAAGAGCGGAUCGAUUACGAUAACCAGAUUGUCUUGAAUAACCCAGUGAAUUUUGUGAUUUCAAUGUAUCCCAUCCUUUUCGCGUUGGCCGGAUCAUAUCCGUGGGAAAGUGCGACAACCAACGAAACGUGUACAUAUAGGUCUCAAACUACUAAAUCUGGUCCCCUUGAUGCAUACUGAUCGAUAACUCUCAACUCAAGUUGCAAGGUGUAACCCAAUAUGAAUAAGUAAAUCAUCGUACUGGAAGAUUCUCAUGUUUAGUUAGGUUUUUUUUCGGAUAACGCUCCGUGUUAGGAAGCUGACAGAAAUUAAGUCCAUUUCAGCUGAUAAUUUAUUUUACUUUUUCUCUUCUUCCCACGUACCAUAGCAUUCUAUAUGCCCUCUCUGCCUAUUGUGUAAAUAUUCUUUUGUACACAAGAUUUCACCAAGAAAAAAUGGAAACAGCAACAAUUAUGUUUAAUGUGUAUAUAUAGGAAGUCGAUUAUUUAUUGUAUCGCCUGGAAGAGCGAGCCUCAUAUCUUUGUUAGAAUAUUAUAUAUACAAGAAACAACUUAUUAAGUUAUGAGCUAGUGAUAAUAAGUAGAAGAGCGCCGUAGUACGUUUUUACCACUGUAUCCACAUUUGAUAACGCAAUUUAUAAAACUACUAACAACAACAAUGAAACAUAUACCUACCUAGUUAUCGCCGAUGGUGGCGAUGGUGAUUGGAAAGUGAAAUAAAUUAUACCCCCCAUUACCAGUUUAGAUACACCACAAUCUUGAUCACCACUUGACGAGCCGAUUACUGGUACCGAAGCAGGAAAACGUCAGACUUUGAUUGUUCUUAAGUACCGAGAUUUUUUCUUGUUUAUUUCCAACAUCAAAUUAGAAACAUUUUUGUACCUAACAAUACUUUUCAAACGGAACAAACUUAAAGCAAACUUAUUUUCUUAGAUGCAUGAGUAUUGUUUAAGUUUUGCCCGAAAAGCUGCCUAAAGUCCAUUUUAUCCUCGUUUUUUUUGUCUACAAAAGCAGUCUCUUUGUUCUAGACAGUCAAAUUUUACAUUCAACGGUCUAGGUAAUCGGCUCAAAGUAUCUAGAUACAACUCCACAAACAGCUCUGUUACACGCGCAAAAAUCACUGCUAUAAAUCAGAAAUAAGCUACCUAAUAAAACCACAAAAUGACAA